CCAGUCCCCCGCACCUGACCUGACCCCACAGCUGGGAAUCAUUUGGCUGGGGGUGGGGCAGCCCCUGCCUAUAUAAGCCCGGGCCUGGGUGUCCGGGCACCCUGGAGGCCCGGACCCUCCCCUGCCAACCUCUGCGCACCCCAGCGGGACCCCCGCCAGCUGGCAAUGACGGGAAAAGCCGCCUCGGAGGCCCCUGCCUCUGGCCCCGAGGAGAGCACUGCCGAGGUGGCCCAGGCGCCCACAGAGCCCGCAGAGGAAGGGGCAGCGUCCGAGAAGAUGGGGGAAGGGCAGGCUCCCGCGGCAGCCCCUCCGGCGCCUGCCCCUGCGGCCCCCGAACCUGCCCCUGCGGCCCCGAAACCUGCCCCUCCAAGCGAAGACCUGCCCAGCGCCCCGCUGCUGCUGACCGUGGAGGACGUGAGCGACAGCUCAGUGACCGUGAGCUGGGAGCCCCCGGAGAGGCUGGGCAGGCUGGGGCUCCAGGGCUACCUGCUGGAGCUCCGCAGGGAGGGAGCCGCAGAGUGGGUGCCCGUGAACGCCCGGCCCAUGAUGGUGACCCAGCAGACCCUGCGGAACCUGGCCCUGGGGGACAAGUUCUUCCUGCGCGUGGCCGCCGUGAGUUCCGCGGGGGCCGGGCCGCCCGCCGAGCUGGACCGGCCCGUGCACAUCCGAGAGAUCACAGAGCCCCCCAAGAUCCGUGUGCCCCGCCACCUCCGUCAAACCUACGUCCGCGAGGUGGGGGAGACGAUCAACCUGCAGAUCCCCUUCCAGGGGAGCCCCAAGCCUCAGGCCUCGUGGACCCACAAUGGCCAGGCCCUGGACAACCAGCGGGCAAGCGUGCACACCGGGGACAAGGACUCCAUCCUCUUCGUCCGCUCGGCCCAGCGCUCCGACUCGGGCUGCUACGAGCUCACCGUGCGGCUGGACAGCCUGGAGGCCCGGGCCACCAUCCACAUCCUGGUCAUUGAGAAGCCUGGCCCCCCCAGCAGCAUCCGGCUCCUGGACGUCUGGGGCUGCAACGCUGCCCUGGAGUGGACGCCGCCCCAGGACACGGGCAACACGGAGCUCCUGGGCUACACGGUGCAGAAGGCGGACAGAAGGACCGGGCAAUGGUUCACGGUGCUGGAGCGCUACCACCCAACCUCCUGCACCGUCUCCGACCUCGUCAUGGGCAACUCGUACUCCUUCCGGGUCUUUUCGGAAAACCUGUGUGGACUCAGCGCCUCGGCCGCGGUCACCAAGGAGCUGGCCCACAUCCAGAAGGCAGACACGGCUGCCAAACUUAAAAAGUUUGUUGCGAGAGACUUCUCCGAAGCCCCGUCGUUCACCCAGCCGCUGGUCGACCACACCACCACGCCCGGCUACAGCACCCAGCUCUCCUGCAGCGUCCGCGCUUCCCCCAAGCCCAAGAUCAUCUGGAUGAAAAACAACAUGGACAUCCAGGGGGACCCGAAAUACCGUGCCUUCUCUGAGCAAGGCGUCUACACCCUGGAGAUCCGGAAACCCAGCCCCUUUGACGCCGGGGUCUACACCUGCAAGGCCAUCAACAUGCUGGGGGAGGCGUCCGUGGACUGCCGGCUGGAGGUCAAAGCCUCAGCCACACACUGAAAGGCGCCGCCGGCGGAGGCCGAGGCGAGGACAAAGGUGCUGCAGGCCUCAGGGCCACCAGGCCCCACAUCACGCUCCAUGGACGCCCCGGACCCCCACUUCCAAAGCGACAGCUGACGGCUCUGCUCCCUGGCACCAGCCCAGCCUCCCCCCGCCCCGGGGCUGGAGUCCAGGACCCUGGAGGGGCCUGGUGGGCUCAGGACAGGCUUCCCGGGCCCCUGGCCAGGGCCGGCGAGGAGCCGCACGCCGGGUGCGAAGCGCUCAAAUAAAGGUGUAUGUGUCUCA